GUACACUUCAAAUUAAAUCUUUGCACAACACACACAAAGUUAAGGAGUUAAAAACAAAUAUUUACACAAUUAGAAGGCAAAACCAAUAUACAAAAUGUCACAAAAUGUACAGUCCAUCACUGAGGACGAUGGCUUUUGGUCGUAUGAUUCCAUUUUAGAAUAUGUUGAUGCAAGGGUUAUAACAUUUCCAUUGCCGGAGCAAACGGAUCCCGCUCAAUGUCGCGAUGAGUUUCUUAAAUCCAUUUUUAAGCCAGAGGAGCGCAUCAUCCCAUUAAGGCGUGAGAUAAAAAGAAAAUCAUCGAUGAAUUUUAUACCAACAACUGCUGAGGGUUUGGCGAUAUUAAAUAUGAUGAUAAAAUCUGCGGCUUCGUCGAAUUUGGGUUCUGUAUCGCAAUAUCGGCCAUCGCUAACGUCAGCUCAAAUGGAGAAACUUUAUACCAUUUGCCUCUAUCAGUUUCAGAAAGCAGCCAUACAAUUCCUUUCUGUUAGGCUAAAAAAGCAGCUCAUUACGCAGUUACAGAUUUUUCCAGAUGAGACUGUUGAAACACCGCACAAACUCUUUCAUUGGUCGUUGGAAUUCUUUCUGCGUCGCCGAAAAGUCAAUCAACUCUAUUUGGAUGUUCUGGUGAUGGAUAGGUCGAGAUCGCAGUUAGAUUGUGCUAAGUUUUGCACCGAUAUCAAUGAAAUCUUACGACUUCUCGACUUGAUCAGUAAGGACUUUUGUCAGGGUCACGACUUAUGCACUACUAUAUCAAUAAUAAACGAUUCGAACUAUGAGGUAAACUCAACGUGGGUAAAGGAAUUGCAUGAUCUGCGCGAUAUUAACCAAGAUCUCAAUAAUGUUAUUAAUGGGAGUGCAUUUCGUAUGGAAUCAGAUUACGAACCUGAAUUUGCUGUCGAAAAUGAUAAAUUAGAUGCUUUGUCGCUCAUAGAGAUGCGUUAUCGCAGCAAUUGGUUGCGCAGCUGUGCUGAUCAGACUCAGAUGUGUUUGAACAAGAAGGAGAGUGUGUAUGCCGAUGAGAUAAAGGAGCUGCAACAUAAGAUGGUACUAGAUGUAGCCGCCUUUGGAUUUGUUGACUUUGUCUAUCAAUAUGAAAUAGACACCUACAGGAUGUUAAUAGCCGAAUGGCAGGAUCGUCUCGAUGUGGAUUUGGAGGCAGCCGAACUGGAGUGUAAUAUAACUCGCAAUCUUUGGGCUAAGACCAAAGAGGAUCUCAAAUUCCAUAAGGAGCAAGUGGAUAUGUUUAAGCGUCGAGUGAGUGAGGUAUUAGCACUUAUUGAAGAGGAGGAACAGAAAAAUGUACUUCGAAUAUCGAAAAGAUUCUCCUCGAUGUCCAAAGUCAAACGAAAUUCUAAUAGCAAGAAGAAGAAGAAGAAGAAGAAGUAAUAUACAUCCAAAUUAGAAGUCGCCUAGCUGCGUUAGGGCUACGAAUAAUCAAACAACAAAGCUGCGUUGGAAACCUAAACAAAGCCAUAACAGGCGUAAAUUCAUAAGCCUCGAAAUGGAAUAGAAUCGAAUUCAUCACAAAUUGCCAAAAUUGGAGGGAGUUCUCGUUGACUCCCAUAUCAAAAUCAAAGUCAAGCUAAACAAACUAAGCAACUUUUGCGCAAACAUUUGCUGAGCUGCAUUUGUGCAAACAGCGAAAAUAAUGUUCGCUCUUAUACCCUGUAAACAUAAUAACACCUGUACAUAUUGUAUAGAUUAUAAAAUUAUCUAUGAAUC